AUGAAGUUAAUUAAUAGUGUUGUAACUUUUUUGUUUAUUUCUUUGGUCCGUUUUGCCUCCUCUUCCUCCUUUGACUUCUCUUCCAUUGGAGAGGCUGGCCUCUCCGCUGUGAAAAAGAAUGUUGCCAAGGCCACUCAAUUUGCUCUCAAUUACACUGUUUUCAAUAAAACGCUCACCUUCAAGGACAUUAACGACUUUAAUUCUGGCGAGGACAAUGUUCUCAGGUACACUCUUCCUCCGGGCAGUGCCCUGAAGGUGUUCUGCGGCAACGAGCACACUCGCAAGAGCGGGUUGAUCACUCUUUACCCUCCCGACUUGACUACUCACACUCUUGCUCCUAUGUCCAAGGGCGGAAUCCAGGACAGUUUGGGUCGCGUGAUGAAGAACUUUGACGUGUUCAGGAGUGACCGCACUCUGGUUCACUCUGCUCCUGAGUGGUUCGGCGGAAGCUACAUGUUUCAGCACCCGUACUCCUCGACCAUUGUCUCAAGGGACCCCGAGUUCACGCUGAACUUUGCGUGUGUGUACAAACUACUGUCCGAGGACGCCUCUGCUGCCUCAGAAGCUGGAGAGAGCGCCCAGAAGGACGUUCUCUACAGGUGGGUUGAAAUCAAGUUCACCGACGUGCUCCCGAUCAGCUACGGGUGCGGAACCGGCAACUACCCCCUGUUCAGCAACCUUAGUGCUGUUAAAAACUUGCUCAGUCCCAACGGCCCUCCUCAGCAAACCUCAACCAUGUGCGAGAUUGAGCCCGAGCCCGGAAUGAUCGUCGGACUUUACUGCGCAGACGACCAGACUUUCGACGACAAGUCCUGUUUCGUGGACAGAAAAAAGAUGACUUACUACGACCCCGAGUUCAAGCACACCAAUAGGCCUGGCAGGCUUCACCUGUACAAGAUUCCGGACACUGGACUUGUCACUGACCUCCCGUUCAGCUGCAAGUGCAGGGACGAGAAGGGGAACGUGACCUCCGAGCUCAAGGUCGUGAAGCGCACUGAGCACCUCUGCGACUUCACGCGCGUCUUCGAGAACCUGAGGCCCCGCCAGACAAUUCCGCUUCAGCUCUGCAGGCACAACCUGCACCCUGGAGAGAGCCUUCGCCUCAUAGCCCCCCCGAACAACAGCGUGGUUAACAUGAUGGGCUUGAAGCGCUUCUCCAUCAUUGAGCCCACCGAAUUGAGGUACUUGACCUACAUUCAGGCCCUGGGCUCCAGGCGCGACGUGCUCGCCAACCUCCGGGACAUCAUGAUCACCACCGGCUUCUCCGUUGAAAAGGUGCAUGCCACUGACCGACUUGAGUACGUGUUCAAGUACGAGAAGGACGCCAUUCUCGUCCAAACGACCGAGGUCACUGGGCUCAACUACUACUGGACCCUGAUGAACAGUCCGAACGCCGACCGUCAGCACGUUAAAAGCCCUUCUCAGGAGGGCCACAUCAACGGAGUCAUUAACAUAGGCCUCGUGCCCACCGACCCCUACACAAUUGGCUGUGGGACGAGGAACGAGUUUUUCAUUCACGAGUUCGUGGACUUCGAGACCAGCUCCGAGAACGAUAAGGUGAUCUCCAAGUGCACUGUCGACGCGAACAAGGGCCCGAUCGGCUUCUACUGUCCCAGCCCCUACCUGCUCGAGCCUAGAGGCUGUUUCAACUCUGUGAUUGUCGAAAGGACCGGUGAGGACGGCGAGACCACCACCCACGUGCGUCCCCUCAAGUCCGUCUUGAAGAACGCCAGGGCUUCUCGCUCCUCCCACCUCGUCCUGCUUGAGGUGUACAAGAACUUCACUCGCAGGCCUGGCGACGAGUCCGACGACGAGUCUGACGACGAAGACAGCCGCCACUCGUCCUUUGGCUCAGACUUUGACGCCCUCGUCUGCAAGUGCGUUGACGUCAGGGGCAACGUUAUGUCCACGAUUAAGGUUUUAAACCCGAACAAGGAGAUUCCGGAGUCACUUAGGAAGGAUUAUGAAGAGAGAACCAAAAAAUCCCUUAAAACCAUUUUUAACUUAACUAAAGAACAAGUCAUACUUGCUAUUGUACCAAAUUUACGAUCGACAGCUUCAGUGGCGUCUGUGUUCCUGCUCGUAUCCAUACAUAAACUUACAUGUACAUGUGUGCUUGUAACUAGGUUCGUGAUUAGGCAAGUAGUUAGAAUCCGUAUGCAGGCAGGUAAUAAGUAG